GAGUUCGGUCCGACAGUCCGCGUGUUACCCCCAGCCGUAAAGCAGGGCCGCGUAUUCUCGACUUCCGGUUAACCCGCCAGAUUAGACGCAGAAACGGUCCCGGGAGAUAGCUUCGUUCUCUGUGGACGUCCAGUGAACCGGAAGUGACACUUGAACCAAGUGAAAAUCGAACGGGAACGAGCUCGUCCCUGGAUCUCGCACAGAUUGAGAGGAAAAGGUGAAGAUGCAGAGGUGGAAAAGGCCAGCGAACUGAUCCUGCCUUGGCGUUGGCGGGCCCCGGUGGUUGGGGUGAAGGAUUCGAGAUUGGCGGGCUUUAGAGAGCUUCGGGAGUUCCGCGGGACCCGGCAAAUGUGGCUUUGUGUACGGUGAGCCAGGGUUACGGGGGCCGCGGGGCCCGUGGCGGUGGCAGCGGGAGUAGCAGGUCUCGUGGCGAGGCAAGCGUGAGGCUACCCCUGAGUCCUCGCACCCUGUGCGCCCCUGGGGCCGGAGGCGGCGCACAUGUGCAACCACCGACUGCGACCACUGGUCCACCCGGGGCCGGCAACAACCCGGGGACCGAGGAGGGAACCGGCCUCCCUGAUGAACCCAUGGUGCACGGUGGUGAAGGGGCCGCGCAACAGGGUACCUGGAUAUGCUGCGUGCCGUGUUACUGGCUGCGUCGAAGCAAGGCCGUGCACAAGGCGAUGCUCUCGUUCGCGAUGCUCCUCGUCACCAGCCUGCUCGUCACCAGUCCUGUACUUUUCCUCAUCACCACGCUGCCGGAGGGAGAACAGCCUCGCGUAUGUUCGCCGGUGGACGAGGCGUGCAUCAGAGAGAGGGACGGUCCAGACGGCUUGUGCGAUUCGAAGGCCUGCGAGGAGGCCUCGAAACGGAUAGUGGCGUUCAUGAAGAAGGGGAUGGAUCCUUGCAAGGACUUUUAUCAGUUCGCGUGCGGCGGCAUCCGCGAUCAGCAGCCGUACCAGCCUAGCUCGAGCUUUAACAUGCUUCAGGCGAUGGUCGACGAUCAUCUUCACAAAAUGCUGGCGAACAAGACGGGUCGUAUGGUCGGCGACUUCGAUAAGCUGGGACAAUUUUACAAAAGCUGUUUGGAAUUCAAGGAGAAGCCAGUGAAUUUUACUCCGGUUUACGAGCUUCUACGCGAGCUCGGCGGCUAUCUACCACCGAAGAGCAUCGCGCCAGCUGAUAUCACGCCUUUGGUCUCGAUGCUGUUGAGGGUGAACGGAGCUCCUCUGUUCGACUUUUUCGUAGACGUCGAUUUGUACGAUCGGUCCAGAUCCUCUGUCUUCUUAGAUCUGCCUACCAAACUCCAGGGAUACGCUUUCUUCACGGAGAACCCGGAAGAGGGAUUGCGAUGGGCCAAGGCGUACUCGACGAUGGAAAAGCAGCAGAAGGGUGGCGAACACGAGGAGAGCCGGGCUUACACCAUGAUCAAGAACAAGAUGGAGGAGCAGAGGUCACGAAGGAUUCAGAAGAUCGUCGAGGGCUUUUUACCAGAAGCGAUGGACCCUAAGGAUCGCGCCUCGGAGACCGACCUCCUACUGCAAUUCUGUUUGUCACUCAACAAGAUAUAUCCAAAGCAUAAGGACCUGUACAAUUGGGUGGACGUGGACCAGAGGGUGUACGUACCCUUCAACAUGUCCUAUCUACAGGACAGCUUCGGUUAUAUAAGGUGGGGGACGCUGCUGAACGCUACCCUAGGCACUGCCACUGCCGAUCUCUACAAUCAGAGCAGGAAUCGUCACCGACCCGUUUUUGGCUACGACGAUCAGCUGGUCUACGUUUACGUUACCGCGCCGCGUUACUUUAGAAGUCUUGGCAAACUGCUCAACCGUUUCUCCAGAAGGAUUAUUCACAACGGAUUGCUGUUGCUGUACGCUACAAACACUCUCCACGACAUCGUGAACGUAACAGCGAGCAAGGACUGGGAACUUUCCUGUUUCAAGCUCACCAAGGACGUCUUCAGCGAAGUCGUGGGUGCUUUAUAUGUGCGACAGUACACCCCGCAGUACUUGGAAACCCUCGCGAACAGAGUGGGAGGACUGUUCGAGCGAGUGAAGGAGACAGUAGCAGAGCGCAUUCUCGUGAAAUCGUGGCUAGACGAGGAGACGAGGACGCAGGCACUACUGAAAUUGAACUCAUUGCGGGGAAGAUUUCACGUGUGGCCUGGUUUCUACAAUGACAGUCUACUGGCCCGCGAAAUGGCCGAGGUGGAGAUCGACCCGGACGACUUCUUUCACAGCGUGUUGAGAAGGUUCAAACAGAUCCGCACCGUGGACGACAAGGUUCUCAGGAGGAACGUCACCGAGAAGCGUCGACAUCCUUACAGUGUGAGCGCUUAUUACGAAUCCUCGACGAAUACCAUCGGUAUUCCAUUGGCCAUGAUGACGGCCUGGUCGUGGUCGUGGGACGGCGGACCGGCCUACGCGGCCCACGCGACGCUUGGAUCAGUGAUAGGUCACGAAAUCCUACACGCUUUCGACCUCCAUCGACGCCGACUGCCACUGGACCCCGACCUGAGCGUCGAUCAAUGGCUCUGGAUCACGCCCGAGUCGUGGAGGAGGCUGGAAGCGAGGAUCGAGUGCGUCGCCAGGCUCUACGCGAAGAGCUUUUGGAGGAAAGUUCAAUUUUACGGAAACGACGUCGCUGUACAGUUCGAUUGGAACGUGACGAGGAAUGAGAACGUAGCUGAUAUCGGAGCCUUGCAGAUAUCUUACAAAACCUGGCAUACCCUCACGAAUGGGAGGGACAGAAGUCUUCCUGGUUUGGAGGGACUUCGCCCUAGCCAGCUUUUCUUCAUAAGCGCCGCCCAGACUUACUGUUCCAAUAUGACUGCCGAGGCCUACAUUCUUUCUGUUGAACUCGAUUAUCACACGCCGCAGCCCGAAAGGGUGAACGGUAUAAUGAUGAAUUCGCAAGCGUUCGCGGACGCGUUCCGUUGCCCGAUCGGGACGAAAAUGAAUCCGCCUAACAAAUGCACCACUUGGUGAACACCAGUGGACAAUUCGUUUAUUUCUGCCGACUACGUCAAGUAUUUUGCACCCACGCGUUCAAUUGGGGACUCGCGGCCCGAGGGUUGUAAUCAUCUUUUCUCAGCAAUUGUCGAGCGAUCCGGCGUCGAAGAAAUCGAUUCAGAAAUUUUCGAGCAUGACGAAUCGAUGAACGGCGAUGGAUCUCUUCACCAAAACUGACAAGCUCGUUUGAAGACGCGCCAUUAACGUUAAAUAAAAAUCUCUCCCUGCUUUAGAGAUACCUUAGAUUCUAUCAUAGUGACAAGCAAUAAAUUACUUUACAGGCGAGAGUGUGAUUAAAAUACGAAUGCAAACGAAGUAAACAAAAAAAAAAAAAUACGUACGCACGCAGAACAAAUUAACAGAAGCGCUUCGGUUUUCUGGAACGAUUAGAGACGUGUGUGUCGUUAAAAUAGAAUCGAUUAGUCGAUUCCACGGUAGGCAGGAAAAAUGUUUAGCCAAGAUUGACGCAACUUUAGGCAGCGACGAAGUAAUCUCGAAGAGUAUAGAAAGUAUCGUUCAAUGCAACCGGACUUCAGCUUGUAAGAAGCUAACAGGAACAAUGAACAAUGGACAAUGAAUGGGCCGAUGAAUAAUGGAUAGGAUUGACGAAUGUGAACUGCGAAACUAUUUAAUUUAGUUCUUCUCGCACACCGAUUGUCUUCUUAGUCUCUAACUCUGUAAAUAACUCUCCACUCCUUUGAGUUUAGUUCGGUUAACCCGAAGGAUCCAUCCUUAACGAAUUGGAUAGAGCCUGCGGAUUUCGUUAAGGCAUAGAGAGCUUCUAUUCACCCUGUAUUUCGCUUGGUUAUCCCUACGGAAACACAAAACUCUUCGAUUUCGGCGCUUCGCUUUUAUUCGUGACACCGUUUCGCUCGGUUCUCGAUGGAAAAUAAAUUUCAGUUACCGUCGACUCCGACGAGCGGCUCACCGAUGUCCCACGUCAUUAAAUCCCACGAUAACUGCGUAAAAACUCGACUUAUGAAUUACCAAAUUGAAUAGGAAUAGUUCGUUUGCAAUUGGACCUCGAGUUUGCAAACGUUGCACAAACGUUUCAUCGGUCUGUUUCUUCAAUGAAUUUUUAUUAAGAGCUGUUCGCCGCGACUCGGCGUUCCUUUAAUUCGACGAUCAAAACCCUAUGGGAGAAUAUUAAUUUCAUCGUCGUGAGCCGACGGCUAGCGAAGGUUGUUACAAUUUUUAGCGCGUUUACGCAAGAAUCGCGAUCUGUGAUAUUCUUAAGCAGUACUUAAGUACAUAUAAUAUUUGGGGGAUCAUUCGACGAUCGAUGGAAUCAAUUAUAAAAAAAAAAAAAAAUAGUCUGCAAGAGGAAGGAUUGUCACCGGAUGUCCCUCGCCGAAAGCAUAAAGUCACGUUAUUUAAAACACCGUUGUAAAUGUAAAUGGCUGAUAACUCAUAUGGCAAAUAAAUAUGGUUUAUAUA